AACUAUAGGCCAGCGAGCCAAAACCCUCAAACCCUUUUUCGCUCUCGUGUUGUUUGUGUACUUGCAAGCUAUCGAAACUGAAGGAGAGACGACGAUACAAAAUCUACAGAGAGAUUUUUCGAAUAAACAAAGAAGAAAAGAAACCCAAAUCGGAACAAUGGGGAGAGAGGUUCCACAACAACAGCAGCAGCAGGUGGCGUUGGCGGUGGAGCAGCUGCUGGCUGUGAAUCCGUACAACCCCGACAUGCUUUCCGAUCUUGAAAACUACGUUAACGAGCAGGUUUCUUCACAAACUUAUAAUCUCGAUGCCAAUCUCUGCCUUCUUCGUAUCUAUCAGUUUGAGCCGGACCGUAUGAGCACUCAAAUUGUUGCCCGCAUCUUGGUUAAGGCACUGAUGGCAAUGCCCUCCCCUGAUUUCGGCCUUUGUCUAUUCUUAAUCCCAGAAAGAGUGCAAAUGGAGGAGCAGUUCAAGACACUCACUGUCCUAUCUCACUAUUUGGAGACUGGAAGGUUCAGUCAAUUCUGGGAUGAAGCAUCCAAGAAUCGUCACAUAGUUGAAGCUGUCCCAGGUUUUGAGCAAGCAAUUCAAGCCUAUGCAAUUCAUGUUCUUUCCUUGACGUACCAAAGGGUUCCCCGAUCUGUGCUUGCUGAGGCUAUCAAUAUUGAAGGCCUAUCCCUGGACAAAUUCCUUGAGCACCAUGUAGCCAAUAACGGUUGGAUUCUUGAGAAAGGUCAUGGAAGGGGUCAACUCAUUGUCCUGCCUCGAAAUGAAUUUAACCAUCCAGAGCUGAAAAAGAGCACAGACGAUGGCAUUCCAUUAGAGCACGUGGCUCGUAUCUUCCCCAUUCUAGGUUGAUAAUCAUUUCUGCUGAUUUAUCUGCUGCUGGACUUUUCUCCCCAUAUUUCCAGCACGAGCUUCAGCAUUCUCAGACUACUUGCAGCUUUAACUUUAAUGAUUAUGUGGUCAUCUGUAGCUUUAUUUUAUUCUGUUUGCCUUUUGAGUUUAUGUUGAAAACUAAAACGCGACCUGUGGGAUUCCUUUUGUAGAAUUUUAUUUUGGCUAUGAAUUUUCUCAUUAAAAAACCAUCUCUAUA